UACUACAAACGCUUUACCAUUCCUGAUCUUGAACGAAUUGGUGUUAGGUUGGAUCUGGCAUUACUUUCCAAAACGCACGCAAACAAUACCCUCGUCAUUACGUACUUGAAACCGGAGGUCUAUCAACAGUAUGAAAAAGAACUUAUGAAGGAACUUGCCAAAACGAAACCUAUUUCUGGUGGUGAUAUUCCCUGUGCUUCGAUGUAA